GAAAAGGGUGUCAAAUAACUGCUUAAGCCGUAUACAAUGUGUGUAUAUAAGUGUGUAUAUAUACUUUCUUUGUAAGAAAACUGAACUCUCUGAAGUGCAAUGAGAAUUUAAUAAUAACAUUGAAUAAAUAUGUCACCUCCUGCGGCACGACAACGGCAACGUUAUAUAGCAAAUAAACAUGAAAAUAAUAGUUUAUUAAAAAAACCGAAAAAAUUCAUUAACGCCACGUUGAGAAGGGAAAAUGAAAAAUCUGGUGCCGCCAAAACAAAUAAUAGAAAAUAUCAAAAUGAAAGAUCUCCGGAAAGUGUAAAUGUAAAUGUUGGUGUUCAUACUGCUUUUAAGACGUUUGUUAGCGCUCGCCUUUGUAGUGCCAUAUGUGCUGAUAUAUCAGAUUGCGAUGAAACAUAUAAUUAUUGGGAACCGUUGCAUUACAUUAUUUAUGGGCAUGGCUUACAAACCUGGGAAUAUAGUCCACAAUAUGCUUUACGCUCAUAUACCUACAUAUUGCUACAGGGUGUGCCCGGUUGGAUUUACGAGAGAAUAUUUCAUCCAACGCCUAUUUUAAUAUUCUAUAUGGUACGUUGUAUGUUAGGUUUUGGUUGUGCUCUUAUGGAAAGAUUUAUGUACAAAUCCAUUUGUCAAGAGUUUGGUGUACAUAUUGGACGUUUAUGGUUAAUAUUUCAACUGUUUAGUGCGGGCAUGUUUAUAUCUAGUACCGCUUUAUUGCCAUCUUCUUUCGCUAUGUAUUUCGGUUGCGCGGCUUUGGCUGCUUGGUGGCAACAAAUGUACGCGUUAUCUAUAUUUUUUAUGGCCAUAGCAACUUUACUCGGUUGGCCUUUUGCAGUUUUAAUAGGAUUGCCGAUAGCUAUUGAUAUGCUCUGGCGAAAACAAAUGUUCCGCACAUUUUUCAUGUGGUCCGCUAUAUCUGCUGUAACAAUUUGUGUACCUAUGAUAGUUAUUGAUAGUAGCUAUUUUGGCAAAUUGACUUUCGCUCCAUUGAAUAUACUUUGGUACAACGUUUUCACCGAUCACGGCCCGAAUUUAUAUGGCACUGAACCGUGGAGUUAUUACAUAGUCAACGGAUUCUUGAAUUUUAAUAUUAUUUGGCUUUUAUCUUUAUUAACGCCUAUGAUGUUGGUUAUCGAUUUUAUUGUUGUUCCGGCCAAAACGAAAUCUACUUUAAACUUUCCCCGUUAUAUUACACUGGCCCCGUAUUAUUUGUGGCUGCUGGUGUUUAUUUCUCAACCGCAUAAGGAAGAGCGUUUCCUGUUUCCCAUUUAUCCAUUAAUAUCGUUAUGCGGGGCGAUAACAGUUGACGUUUAUCAGCGUAUAUUUUAUCGAUUGAAGACAUUAAUGGUACAAAUUAAAGCCGGCACUGUCGGAAGUCAUUAUCUGGAUCAUACAAUGUUCAUUGCCAUUUUGGUUAUGGUAAUUGGUACAUUAUUGGGUUUAUCGCGUGUUUUCUCUUUAUAUCGUAACUAUCAUGCUCCCAUGGAUCUUGUCAUGGAGUUAAAUCAUUUUAAAAAUUCCAAUGAAUAUCGUUCCAGCCGUUUAUAUAAUGUUUGUGUGGGUAAAGAUUGGUACCGUUAUCCGGGCAGUUUCUUUUUACCAGCACGAAAUUUUCGUAUACGUUUUUUAAAAUCGGAAUUUCGCGGCCUACUGCCCGCCUAUUAUGCCGAUGAUGAGAAUGCAACGCGUAUUACGCAUCCGUAUUUCAAUGAUAUGAAUCAAGAGAAUGAUUACAUGUAUUUUCCUUAUGAGAAUUGUCAUUUUCUUAUCGAUUUUGAUGCGGACAAGUGUACAUCGCUCGAGCCAUGCUAUUCGAAACAAAGCAAAGACUGGUCUGUAAUGAAAAGUUUACCAUUUCUCAUACAAGAUAAAUCGAAUAGUUUUUUCCGCGCUUUCUAUAUACCAUUCUUAACGGACAGUUACACUGUUUACGGAAAUUUCAAUUUGCUGAAAAGUAAAAAAAUGAAACCGAGCUAAAAGAGAACUCCGAUGAUGAUGAUCGCGCCUUCCCUACAAGUCAGUGAUGAAUUUGUUUACUGAAAAACUACUCAAUAAAACUCAAAUUCAUU